GUCAUUUGACAUUUGGGAUCUUUCUCUGAUUUUCUUCGGGCGACGGAGAUUGCGACUGUCACCACCAUUGUUUCCGAUUCCGCCGUUGUUGUCGCUCUCCGAUUCUCUUCCGUAAUUGGAGAUGGCCCUCGCUACCUCUUGUCAUCCGGAUUGCAAACGAGCAACGGAUGCUCAAGAAGAUUACGAUGCAUCUCAUUCUGCUGCUAUGGUAGCGGCAAAUCUGAUAAGCUCUGCGCGGCUUAUACUUAACCUCGACACUGAGUAUACUCAGUACUCAGCUCAGUUUUUGGUGGAUAAUGCUCGUUCCAAGAGGGAAGACGGGCAACGCUGUGACCUCACUGUGAAAGAUGCCCUUGCUUUUGCUUUGAAAAAAGGGAUACCGAAAGAAGUUCUUUGGGCACAUUUGGGAUGUAUCUUCAAGCCUCCCCCAUCUGCUUGUCACAUACCUCGUGUACACAUGAAAGGAAAAGUGGUUGAAGCUAAGGAUUUGGAUGGAGCAUUCAAGCUGUUGGAGCAUCAACCGGUGGGAGCAAAACUGCAUGUGUUCACUCCGGAUAUUGAUCUUCUUGGAGAUGGAAUUUUCCAUGGCCCGUCAGGUUAUGAAUCAAGCUAUGUUGGACUUAGAGAUGUGGUUAUCGUUUCAGUUAAAAAUAUUGAGGAUGAAACUGUUGCAACUGUGAAGAUUUGCUACAAGAAGAAGACUGCAUAUAUCAAAGUGUCGUUGACUCAGAUGUUUAUGUCAGUACCACAUAAUGGUGAUAGCUCUCAGGACAUUGGGCCAACAGGGCUGCUCGUUGACUUCUGUGUCCCGCGCUUAUCUAUCAACCGAAAGAGAGCUUAGAUCUUGGAAAGUGUCUAGAGCACUAUAUGCUAUUUCUGGAACUUGUUUGGGUCCUGAAGUAAGAAUGUUUAUGAGACUAUUUUCUGUAAUUUAAGUCAAGUAUCUUGGAAACCAUAUCCUAGCUGUGGAACUUGUUUGUUUUCUGAAAUUGUGAUUGUUUCUGGAACUUGUUUAUCUGUAAGUUAAGAAGUCUUUGAACUUGUUAAUCAUCUUUUUCUUUGUGUGUGUUUU